UAAUUAAUACAUACUGGUUUCCAUUAUCGAACGGUCGACUGGAACGCGUUUAGCGAUAGUCGCGUAGAACGUUCGAAGCGACGUGAACUAACAAACUAAAAAAUAAUAAUAAUACUGUUUAACAUUUGACGGUUAUUGAUCUCGGAAAUGUGAAAAAAACGCGCGUUUAUAUUUUUCAAAGUGCAAUGCUCGUUAAUCUGCGGAGUCAAGAAAAUUAAUUUUUCAGAUAUGACUAAAUUUUUCCCUUGACAGUCAGUGACGUAUCCUCUCGACAGAAACUAAUUGUUAAACGCGACUAGUGGCGUUUCAAAGGAAAAUGAGAACGGUUUGUUAAUAGCCUGAGAAAUCACGUAAUGCUUCGCCGAAAAGAGACGACACUUUCGCAAACGGCCGCUUGUUCCCCGUGCCUUUAGUCGUUCGCCUGGUAGCGCGUCUUCAGUGAUCGCAUCAUGUGGAACCGCAAGGUGUUUAUCAGAAUAAUCGAAGUGCUCCUGUGCGUCGCCUGCGUCGUGGCGCUUAGAGUGACGGACGAUGAGAGCCGAAGGGUGUUCCACUACCUGAGGAAUCGCAGCAGGGAGUGGUCGCUGCUGAAUAAUGUGACGUGGGGCAGCAUAGGCGCUGCCCUAGCAACGGCGACCUGCGGCGGAUACAUCAUCGUGACGACGGGUCUCUUGAUCGCCGCGGCUACCGGGGAACUCCACGGCCGAAAGACGGAAUUUUUCCUGCUCGGACUGGGCGUGAUCCUCUUUGGGAUAGUCGGCGCCCUGUCGCUAGCCUCCAUCGACAGCGUCCCCGAGGAUCUGGUUGACAAUGCCGCGGUUCUGGGAGCGCUGUGCCUGCUCACGGCGUUGGUGUUCAUCGGGGACCUGCUGAUGAGCCCGCCCCGGAAAAAGGACAAGCAGGACCAAGCACGAAUCCUCGAGAAAGAUUUGGCGAAGCGCCAGGUGACGCCGGUGGUGACCGCCGAGGACGCAAAGAAGCCCAAACCAGUCAUCGUCAAAAUCCCUCCCGAGGACGACGAGAACGGUCGCGUGAACGAUGCUUUUCAGAAGGCGGACGAUCGUCGCAUCGAUCCCACGCUGGAAUCGUCCAAGACACGUCCGCAGGACACCCGGGACGAUCGCGAGUAUCGCGGCGAUCAGGAGCGGGAAAAUUUCGAGAAUGGCCGAGCACUACGUGACUCGCAGCGGUAUCGAGACGUCGAGGUGCCGCGCGCGAUCGUGCACGAUCCCGAUCGCAGGAUCGACGAGUCCAGGAUAAUGUACAAGAGCCGGGACAUCUAUCAGCGGCCGGUCGACGAGCUCGACACGCCGCGGUUCCCGAUGGAGUACGAAAAGGGCGACCCGGUCUUCGCGAGGAUCGUCAAUCCGAGCGUGAAGAUCAUGAAAGUCGAGCGAGACGUCGAGGAGACACUCGACAACUACAACAGAUAUUCGGACAACAGCCAGUACGACAACGUGCCCGUCAGAAUGCGCGGCGGCCCACCCGGGAUCCUGAGGGGUCAUCAUCGCGACGUGUCCUUCAACGUGCCACCUCCGCCGAAGGACUAUCGGUCCAGAAGAUCCAAGGACGACAUUGAGAUGCUGGAGGAGUAUUUCGGCGUGUUAAAGUCCACUGGCACGCAAACCGCGAGGACGCCGUACUCGCCGACCGAUCCGGGAUUCGUGCGGCACACUGCAAGUAACUGGCCACAGGACGUUAAGUCGAGCACACCGAAACCUAGCCCGGAACACUCUAGAAUUUAACCCUUUCAUGCACACGCGGGCACACUCUCGGGGUCCGUUCUCUAUAAUUACAAAGUUAUUGGCCAAUUUUGUUCAGUAAGAAACGUUAGUUAUAUUUUUUUCUCUUAUUAGUAAAAUUAAUAAUUAAUUAAAACUUCUCUCAAAUAUUUUCUCUCCACUAAUCUUGUGAAUACCAUAUAUCUAUAUUCCGCUAUCUCUGUAAUUUGUGAAUUUGUUUAAAUAUUUUCACACACACAAUUUUAGCCAUGAAAGGAUUAAAGCAAGAUAUAAUAACCGUCGAUAUUAUAUAUACUCUUCGAAUUUUAUAUUUGUAUAUGGUAGAGAUGUAACUAGAGAUGUAAAAAAAA